AUGUCUCAAGCUAGGCUUGACACCUCUUCCAUUGAUGAUGAUGUGCCAAUGGCUAACCCUGAGUAUUAUGAGGUAUUAGCUACAGUUCACCGCGCCCAUAUAGUUCAUGACGCGGAGGGUUGCAACAUCGACCUACAAUUUCAAAUACAUGGCGCUACUAAUUCGAACGAUGCCUUCUCACUGCGUUUCUUGAUCCUACGACAACCUCCGCAAUCCUGUGUCGAAGCUGUGAUAAUAUCUCCGUCGCUCUGGGACUCUCGCAGCUGCAAAGUGCAAUAUGACAGAUUGAGUGCCAAGAUGUGGUGGAAGGCAUACCCGAGUCUGAUUCUAGCGACGCUGCAGCUUCCGACCCAGCCUCAGGGAGAUAGCAUAAGGAAUGUGGAGGGAACCAGGGAAAGUCCGGCUGCUUUGAACGUUCGAGUUAACGUUCAUGCUCGCAUCCUUCCGGGAACUUUCAGCCAAAUUAAGGGAAGAACUCGAGCGGCACUGGCCGGCCUCUUGUUAGAAGGGCAGGUGGAGUGUAAUAUGGAAACGAUUGUGAUCCGUGGUAAUUUUGUCUCCGUUGGCUCUCCGGUGUCAGAGAACUCACAAUGCUCAGUCCACCACCUCUCCCAGCUUGAGGGCCGUGGUCUCAGAAAGCGACAUGAGGAGUAUAUCUGCAAUGCUCUGAUGAAAGAGAGAAGGCAUUCCGAGAGCACGUCCAUGUCCUUUGUACUGCUUUUCAAUACUGCCGGUUCAAACUUCAUUGAAGUUACGCCAAUCACAGCAGGCAAGAGGACGACGUCGCGAGAUUGGGACGCAACAUCACAAAAGCUCAGGGCCCAGGCUAUGCAAGAAAGUGAAGAGAGACUUGAAAUUCUCCUCCAGCUCCGGAGAUACCUUGCCAUGUACGAGAAUCAUCAAGGGGGGGAACUAGUUUUGGACAUAGCAGAUGCAUAUGCUACUCCAGGAGUCAUCACGUCUGAUGAGCUGAAAGAGAUCCCUGAAAAGAUCAAAGGCAUGUUGGAGGACUUGCAUCGACAUUCGACGAUGGUUGGGCCUUUCCUUGAAAUCCUCAAAACAAUUGCUGGUAUCCCUUAA